GCUCCAGCCUACACACUAGCUGUGUUCAAUGAGAAUAGGUGCAGCCUGUGAAUUGCAGAUGAUCCCUAAGUCACUAGACUUCCUGGAGGGAGGGGCAUUGACACGCUUCCCCCAGCAGCAGCAGCUUCAUUCACAGUUUUGUGCUGGCAAGGCUGACCUGGUGUUGUAACAUCUCCCUACCUUGGUAUAUAAUAAUUCAGGUCCAGCACUGGCUAGUAAACCCUUCAGGUAUCAUAAGUAACUGUAUACUGCUGAAGAAACCAGUUAAAAGGGAUUCAAACUUGUAGAGUAUUUAUUAUAUAUUGUACACAUCUACACAAUAUUUUGAAGCUGCUACAAAAAUGUCCAUGUCUUCCUACUGUACGGAGGCAGAGGUCUUCUCCUGCAGUGAGCUGCUAGACUACUGUGACUUGAGAUUUCCUGAUGAAGACUUGAAUGGGUCUGCUGACCCCACACCGCAGAGCACCUUGAAAGCAGGGUUGGAUGGCGGUACGCGGAAGAGGUACCCAUUUGCAAAAAAGAAGGCAUUUGCUCUUUUCGUUAAAGAACUGCAGUCAUCCAGUGAUGCACUUCACACUGGACAAGAAGAUGUGAUUCGGUGGAGAUGUUGCGGACAAGAGCUUACAGACCUUAGGACUGUUCACAGACACGUGGCUGCACUUCAUGCAAAUGAAAUUUGGAAAAGGACACAAAGUAUUUUACAAGAACUUGCCAUAGCUGCUGCAACCACUGUACCAUGCACUGACCUUGAUGAUGACACCGGUGCCUCAGCCAAAAUGUCUUGGAAUCACUGUCCAGUUUCUGACUGGUUACCUGAUUUAAGUCGCUACAAGAAAGAAGAGCUAACAAGUGAUCCGGGUGAAGUUCUUUUAUAUUACUGCUACUGUGAUGUGAUUGACCCGCAGUGGAUCUGUGACUGGCAACGAAGUUUGUGCCAACUGUUGCAUCUUACAGGAAAAAUUCGUAUAGCUACAGAAGGAAUAAAUGGUACAGUAGGGGGAAGCAAAGUCUCCACCAAAAUUUACAUCAACACUAUGCUGUCGCACCCUCUGUUUAAGCACAGCAUGUGCCUGGAAGAUUUCAAGACAAGUGAAGGGGGUGCACAUUGUUUUCCCGACCUUCGUGUUGGAGUUUUCCAAGAAAUAGUGCCAAUGGGCGUUGAUCCACAUAAAGUCUGCUAUAAAGAAACAGCUAUACAUCUCUCUCCGGAGGAGUUUCAUAAAAAAGUGGAACAAUAUUUGUCUGCAUCUCUUUAUGAACACAAGGACACAAUUUUGCUGGAUUGCCGGAAUUUUUAUGAAAGCAAAAUUGGGCAGUUCCAGAAUUGCCUGGCUCCAGACAUCAGGAAAUUUAGCUACUUUCCUGACUAUGUUGAUCAAAAUCUGGACUUAUUUAAGGAUAAGACUGUGUUAAUGUACUGUACAGGAGGAAUUCGCUGUGAACGUGGUUCUGCUUACCUCAGAUCAAAGGCUGUUUGUAAAGAAGUCUACCAGCUGAAGGGGGGCAUCCAUAAAUAUCUGGAACAGUUCCCAGAUGGCUUUUUCAGGGGAAAGCUGUUUGUUUUUGAUGGGCGAUAUACCAUUUCUUCUAACAAUGACAUCAUAUCAAGUUGCCAUUACUGUGGUACAGCCUGGGACAAAUACAGGUUAUGCUCUACUUAUCACUGCUGCCAGCUGGUGCUGACCUGCACAAAAUGCCAGGGGCAAGGGCUAACUGCCUGCUGUCGUACAUGCCAGGCAAAAGAGUUUAGCAAUCAGUGUGACAGAGACCAGCAACAUUUCAAAGAAGAAUGUGAAUGUACACAAAAAAGGCCUAAGAUUCCAAAAGAAACUCUUUAAACUGAACUGCCUUUUAUCAAUAUGUCUAAUCCAGGGGUUUUUAAUAUAAAAUAAUACUUUAGUAAUGGAAUUGAACAACCUUUUAUAUGCAGCUUUAUGAUCAUAUUGCUGAUACCAUUCUUAAACAUAUAUGAUCAAGAGGAGAUGUAAUUCUGUAUUCUACAUGAAGACCCAGUUCUGCAUUUGGAAGAAUAAACACAAGUGCUUUUACAAGAGUGCAGAUUUUGCACAGUUUUAUGAGUAUUUUACUUAGGUGAAUGGAAUUAUAUUUAAUACAGAUGAAUUUUAGUAAGCCAUAAAUUGAUGAGUAGGUGUUUUGUAGAUUAUUAGAAGGCUUUAUUUUAAACCUAUUUUGCCUUUACAUUACUUUUAUACAGUUUACUUUCUAUGCUAAAAAAAACAGCAUCAGCCAUUCUUACUCUGAGUUAUAUACUGUAUGUGUGAUCAAGUCUUAUUGGUUCCAAUUAGUAAAAAAGUUACCUCUGUUCUUGAA